AUGGGGAUGUGCUUACCGUGCCUUGGAGGAGCGGCGGACGACGUUGUUGAAACGCCAGACCCUGACACGCGGAGAAGACAGCUGGCUGAAGCCGCUGAGAAGAGGCAGAAAGAGACAGCGUACAGGGGUGUUAAAAACCCAGAGGCAGUUGAAAGGAAAAGAAAAAAACACGAGGAGGUUGAGAAACAGGCGAUGACCACCUCUGUGUCUGGUGGUGGUGGUGGGGGGUUAAAGUGGCAGGUGGGCUGA